GACACGCCCUAAGCGUCGAGUGGGCUGAACACGACGUCACCGCGUCGUCUUUACGUAAGGUAGGCGCUCCGGUUUCCUGGCGGAGAAGAUGGCGGCUCCUGGACCGGGGGAGUAUUUCAGCGUCGGGAGCCAUGUCUCUUGCCUCACCUGCUUGGGCCAACGUCUGCAAGGAGAGGUGGUCGCGUUCGACUACCAGUCCAAGAUGUUGACUCUGAAAUGUGCUUCCUCCAGCGGAAAGGCGAACCUCAAUGACGUCAUCCUGAUCAACUUAGCCUAUGUUUCGGAUGUGGAUAUCAUAAACGACCGCACAGAGACUCCUCCUCCACUAGCAUCACUGAAUGUUAGCAAGCUGGCCAACCGGGCACGGACAGAAAAGGAGGAUAAGCUUUCCCAAGCCUAUGCAAUCAGUGCUGGGGUUUCUGUCGAGGGCCAGCAGCUAUUCCAGACCAUUCACAAAACCAUCAAAGACUGUAAAUGGCAGGAGAAGAACAUAAUUGUGAUGGACGACGUCGUAAUCUCGCCGCCUUACCAGGUCGACAACUGCAAAGGCAAAGAGGGAAGCGCUUUAAGUCAUGUACGCAAAAUAGUCGAGAAACAUUUUAGAGACGUGGAAAGUCAGAAGUCCAUGCAACGUUCACAAGCACAGCAAACACAGAAGGACUCUACUUUAUCCUCUUGAGUCGACGGCGAGAGUCGGCCAGGGAAGGCGUGGCGGGCCGUCUGGCGGCUGACACCGGAGCGGCCCUGCAGUCCUCGCCCUCGUUAUUGAGACGAAAGAGGAGGAGAGCUGAGGGCCUUUCGGUCCCGAAGAUCAAAAUACCAUUUAAAAGGAAAAAAAAAAAAAACGAGAAAAAGACAAAAAAGAAAGAGGAAAGAUAAAAAAAUUAAAUUAGACUUUAUAAAGAAUAAUUUAAACAUGAACCAUAAAGCAUAGUUUCCUUAACUAACUUGUCUCAUUCUGCCCCCCUACCUCCUCUCUUCCUUCCUACAUGUCCCGAAAAGCCUUUCUUUUGCUCCCUCCUACCUUUGCCUUCAAUUCCAUUUCUUCACAAAGAGAAAACUAGCGCAGUCAGAAAGGCUUGUUAGCUUUAUUUUCUGUCAUCGUUUCCUUUUUGCUGUAUCCAUGUUCUACAAGUGUCUGUAUUUUCUGUAUUUUAAACAAAAUGUGACUUGAAACGCCACACUUUAAAAGGACAUUUUCUAAAAUAAAAGUAACAAAAAUUCUGA